GUUGUGUCACACGCAGACCGUUUUAAACCACUGGCAUAUGUUUGCAUGACAAUAGUAGCAUACUACUUUUAGCCAGAAAAUGCGUUUUGUGGUUUCUCGAUCUAAACGGCAGCUGCGUUCAUAUUUGGAGGAACCGCGCACUUUUUUUUUUUUUUAAAGACAUUUAAAUUGACAAAUGCUGUCACAUUACACAAGGCGUCCAGUGUGUAAAGUUAUCUUCAUCAUGUACUGGUGUUGUAUUGAGGGAUGCGAGGCGUGAGUACAGCAUCCUGUACUGACAGGAGGAAGCGCCCCCCUUCCCCCCCACUCUCCCUCCCCCCAUAUUUGGUCAUUUUGCGUCUGUCUUCCUGCGCUCACGCGGCUGAUCGUUAUGACGGCACUGUUGCUACGCGCGCGCGGCCGCUUUACCGCGUUUCGUACGUUUCCGCAGAACGCGAAGUGGUCAAACAGCACGGAACUGGACUUCAGAUUAUCCAGCAUUAAAGCCGCGCCGAGCUACCGAAGAAUGGACUAUCAGGAUGCCAUUUGUACCCUGAACACACUACAGACCAAUGCCAGCGCCCUGGAGCAGGUGCGUCGAGAGCGCGCUCACCCCCAAAUCCAGCUGCAGGCCAUGAGGAGCUUUCUGCAGCGUUCAGGCCUUACGGUGGAGGAACUCGAUCAUCUUAACAUCAUACAUGUAACUGGAACAAAAGGAAAGGGUUCAACGUGUGCCUUCACGGAGAAGGUUCUGAGGAGCUAUGGCUUCCGCACUGGAUUUUACAGUUCUCCACACUUGGUGCAGGUUAGGGAGAGGAUCCGUGUGAAUGGCUGCCCCAUUGGGAAAGAUCUUUUCACCAAAUACUUUUGGCAGGUUUACACCCGGCUGGACGAAACUAAGGAUACGCAUGGUGGCAGUAUGCCAGCGUAUUUCCGCUUCCUGACCAUCCUCGCCUUCCACGUAUUCCUGCAGGAGAAGGUGGACGUGGCAAUCAUUGAGGUGGGAAUAGGUGGUGCCUAUGACUGCACCAACAUAAUCCGGAGACCGUGGGUGUGUGGGAUUUCCUCGUUGGGCAUUGACCACACCAGCAUUCUUGGGGAUACAAUCGAGAAGAUUGCCUGGCAGAAGGGAGGAAUAUUUAAGCCUGGAGUUCCAGCAUUCAUUGUGAAUCAACCAGAGGGACCAAUGAAAGUUCUUCAGGAGAGAGCAGAAGAGAUUGGGUGCCCGUUGUUUUUGUGCCCUGAGUUGGCUCAAUACCGGAGUUCUGAGGAGGUGAAAUUGGGUUUGGCCGGACAGCACCAGUGGUCCAACGCCUCACUUGCGUUACAGCUCACACACUGCUGGCUCCAGAGGCGCUGCAGCACAGAUCCAGCGGUUACUUCUGCAUCUGGUUUUAGUGGCCUUCAUGCAGCUUCGGUGUUUGAGCCAAGUCCUCACAUGCUGAAAGGUCUGGCUGAGACUGAAUGGCUGGGCCGGACUCAGACCCUGAGGCGUGGCAGCGUCACGUACUUCCUGGAUGGUGCUCACACCACGCGCAGCAUGCAGGCGUGUGUGAACUGGUUCAGCGAGGUGGCUGCACAACAUGAGAAAAACGCCAUGGGUUCAGUGGUGCGAGUGCUGCUGUUUAAUGCCACUGGAGAGCGGGAUUGCGGUGCUAUGCUCAAGCUGCUCGUGCCAUGUCAUUUCGAUUUUGCAGUUUUCUGUCCUAACAUCACGGAGGCCAUUGCUGACUGCAAUGCAGACCAACAGAACUUCAAUGUGUCUGUAGAGCACAUGCUCACACGCUGCCUGGACAAUCAGCAGAGCUGGCGCAUUCUCAACGGUAUCGAGGAGGAGGGGCCAGAGUCACAGCUUCUGAUUGGGGGUGGUGUCCAUCUGCCUCUGAGACUGGAGAGAAGUGGUGCCUCGUUAGUUUUCCCCUGCAUCUUGAGUGCUCUUCAGUGGAUCACACAGGGACGUGACCCACUUGUGUCCGAUUCCACUAAACACAUCAUGCCUGUCAAAGCUAGUGUCAAUGCUAAAGCAGUGCCACUAAGAGAGGCCGCUAAUGUGCAUGUGCUAAUCACAGGCAGCUUGCACUUAGUAGGAGGAGCCCUGAAACACCUCGUACCUGCCCUGUCAUCCUAACACAAUAUUUAGUUUGUGUAUGUGACUGGGAGAGUGUGCGUGACUUGGAGGUCCCCAGUAUGUUUUUGCACUGUGAUAUGAAAAAGCUAAAUUAUGCUCUACAGUGGUGUGCUUGAAAGUUUGUGAACCUUUUUAGAAUUUUCUAUAGUUCUGCAUGAAUAUGACCUAAAACAUAAGAUUUUUACACAUGUCCUAACCGUAGAUAAAUAGAACCAAAUUAAACAAAUGAGACCUAAAUGUUGUACUUGGUCAUUUAUUUAUUGCAGGAAAUUAUCGAAUAUUACACGUCGGAGUUGCAAAAGUAUGUGAACAUUUGCUUUCAGUAUCUGGUGUGAGCCCCUUGUGCAGCGAUAACUGCAACUAAACAUUUCCAGUAAUUGUUUCAGUCCUGCAGAGGGCGCACACUCACACCUGAUGGUCAUCCCAUUGAUUGAAAACACCUGACUCUAAUUUCACAUUCAAAUUAAUCUACUAAUCCUAGAGGUUCACAUACUUUUGCCAUUCACAGAUAUGAAAUAUUGGAUCAUUUUCCUCAAUAAAUAAGUGACCAAGUAUAAUAUUCUUGUUUCACUUGUUUAUUUGGGAUCUCUUGAGCUACGUUUAAGACUUGUGUAAAAAUCUGAUGAUGUUUUGGGUCGUAUUUAUUCAGAUAUAUAGGAAUUUUUAAAGGGUUCACAAAUUUACAAGCACCACUAUAUCUAAGAUUUAAAAACUUACUGAAUAUACCUGCUAAAUUUGAAGCAGGAGUCUGAAGCACUUAGCUUUUCACCUGUGCUUUCCUUCUGUUGGGAGUGUUCACAGAGCCUGUUUAAACACUGCUUAACCCUAGUCUUAGUACCCUGUCAGUUGUCUUAAAUAUCAAAUCUUCUGACAUUUCAGGACUGGGAUUAAUCUGUCCAGGAUAUCCUUUCAUAUACAGUCAGGAUAACACUGAAUUUAUUUAUAGGCCUGCAGCCAAAACUGCAAACGUCAUGCUAUCAAAUGUUCAGUGUCCCUUGAUUAUGCAUUUUCAUAUACUGCCCUGUUCCCAAUUUGCUUUUCUUUUUAUGUGCUACAAAUCAUAGUAUUCAGGUUUCCUAUACUGUUUGGGAUUUGAUGCAUGUGAUUGAUUUCUGGUAAACAGAACUUAUCCAAACAUAAUUUCUCAUUGGUGUGUAUACUCUGUGUUAAGUAUUGAUUCAUUUAGAAUUCUCGAAGUGGGCUACACCCAAAACUAUAUAACACUGUCAAUGCACUAUUUUGCUAUCUCAUGAGUACACACAGUGCCCUCAAAAAUAAGAAUGAGUAAAACUGACUAUAUAACGUAAACAAUAAACACAAUUCAAAUUUCUUAUACAAAACCAUCUGAGAAACUAUCAGUCUUUGUUUUAACAAAUUCUAUUAGAACUACUUUUAAGAAUACUUUUACUGUCUCUUCAAAACAUUUGUCUAAAUUCCUAAAACUCAUAACUAAGAGAGACUGAAAGCAGACAUGAGGAGGGAGACAGAAUCUGAUCACCCCGCUGCUGCGGUGCCCUUUUAUAUUCUCUGCUUCUCUGUGAGGCUGAGCAGCCAUGUUCUGUUCCUCUGCCAUGUGCUGGUUCACACUCCGAAACAGUGAUGCUGAAAUGGUGCUGUCCUUUCAGGACCCUGUUGGCAUACGUGCGAGGAGCGUGUAGAGCGAGGAUUUUAGUGAGUCUGUUCCAGAAGCAGCCUUGCGAGCCCAAGCCAUGACGCUACCUCCACCAUGAAUCACAGAUGAGCUCGUAUGUUUUGGAUCAUGAGCAGAUCCGUUCUUUCUCCACACUUUGGCCUUUCCAUCACUUUGAUAAAGGUUGAUCUUGAUGCCAGAUCUCUGUAUUUCUUUGCCAAUUCCAAUCUGGCUUUUUGAUUCUUAUGCUGAGUGGUUUGCAUCUUGUGGUAUGGCCUCUGUAUUUCUGCUCUCGAAGUCUUCGAACAGUGGAUCGUGAUGCCUUCACCCCUGCCCUGUGGAGGAUGUUGAUGUCACUAACUGCUGUUUUUGAGUUUUUCUUCACAGCUCUCACAAUGUUUCAGUUGUUGUUUUCUUGGGUUGACCCAGUUGGUAUCUGUUGCUCAGUACACCAGUGGUUUCUUUAUUUUUCAGGACAUUCCAAAUUGUUGUAUUGGUGAUGCUCAGUAUUUGUGCGAUCCCUCUGUUUGAUUUUCCCUCUUUUCUCAGCUUCAGAAUAGCUUGCUUUUCUAAUCAGAGCUGUCUGAUCUUCGUGUUUGCUUAUACUUUUUAACACCUGCAGUCUUCACAGGUGAAACCGAAGGCUAAACCUACAAGAUGCUCAGAGCUAUUUAUUGUUUAAACAGUCAGGCUAGCAGGACACACCUGGGUAACGAGACACCUGGCAGGUCACAUGUUUCAGUAUUUCUGCUCGCAUACAAAAAACACCUACAUAUAACUACCAGGAAAUUAAAGCUGAAAUUGUAAACUCUUCUGAUGUUCAUCUUGUGGUCUCAAACCCAAAUGUCGUCAAUCUACAGCAACAAUUUAAUUGGCUUUCCAGUAGUUUUAGGAGGGACUGUAUAUGGAGCAACGGCUCAAAUAUGGUACUCCAAUUUGUCUUUGAGUUCGGUACAGCAGUGUUUAGAUCAGGCUUAAGAGUGAAUCAACCUCAAAUCACCACGUUUUAAUAAAUGUUUCUGACUGACCAUCUUAGAUUUGCUACAUACUUUCUGCCACCAUCAAUGCCAUAAAUAAAUAAUGUCACCAUUCUCAAUAAGUAAGGUGUAAAAUUUGAGGCUUGCAUCUGUGUUAGUUUGAGAUAUAGAGGCUUUAAUAAAGGGGUGUGGCCCUGUGAAAAUGAGUGCUAUGGAAAAGUUACAAUGUCCAUUACUUUUGAACUAUUCAUGCUAGAUGUAUGAAAUCUCAGGGAUUGUUGUCUACUAUAAGAUAACUUAAAGGGCCACAGUUGUAUACUUGCCAAUUUAUGACCGUCCUAUUAUCUUUGGGGUCAGUUUGACCCAAUGUUUAACGUCUGUGAAUACAUGAAUGACACAAUUUUCUUUGCUUUUCCUAAUUUAAUGGGGACAACUUGGUAAACACAAAAUUAACAUGAUAUUUUUUAUGUCCUGUACACAUUUUGUAGCAUUUGGACAUUGUAACAUUUUGUUCUUUGGGCCGCCCCAGGCUCUGUUAGCUGUAGAACAUAAGAAAUAUCAAAAUUUUUACAUGCAUUUAUUUUGGUUGUUUUAUUAAGGUCACUAUCACCUGCUAUAAUUUUAUAUAUUCAAUAUACAGUUGCAAUCAAAAUUAUUCAACCUCCAUCAGGUUUAUUGUCAAAAUUUUGACUUUCAGCUGUUUGCAAUGAACAAAUCAAACAAAAGCAAUUGAAAUAGUUCAACACAACAAAUGCUUCAAGUGUUCAAGACUUCUCCAGUCUCAAAAUGAUUCAACCCCCUGAAGAGAAUCCCUCAAAACAGCACAAAUAUGCAAAACAGGUGUUGUCUCAAGCACACCUGAUGCAACUGAUCGAGGGCUUCAUUAGAUGCACCAGGUGUGCUUGAGCUGGAACACAUGAAAUACCUGAACUGGCUAGGGGCAGAAAAUUUAUGAAAUACCUGGACGGGGCAGAAAAAGGAAGAUAUCAACAGCUGCAAGCAGAUUUGUGAGAAGGCAGGUUGUGAAAAACCCUCCAGUGACUGCGAAAGACCUGCAGCAAGACCUGGUGUAACAGGCGCUGAGGUUUCAGUGAGCACAGUAAGGUGUGUACUAAACACAGGUGGUUUCCAUGCCAGGACUCCAAGACGUUCACCACUACUGACCCAAAAGCACAAGAAAAGUUGCUCAAAAUCAUAUAAAUAAUCCACAGAAGUUUUGGGAUUCUGUUCUGUGGAGCGAUGAAACAAAUCUGGAACUUUUCAGCACGAUGGAUCAGCGGUAUGUCUGGAGGAAGAAGAAUGAAGAAAGAACACUCUGUCCACAGUCGAGCAUGGUGGAGGCUCGGUGAUGCUCUGCGGCUGCUUUGCAUCCUCUGGCACUGGAAACCUGCAGCGUGUGGAAGGUGAGAUGGAUUCACUGAAGUAUCAGAAAUUCUCAGGAGAAAACGUCAUGCCAUCUGUGAGAAAGUUGAAGCUUGGGCGUCAUCGGACCUUCCGACAGGACAGUGAUCCCAAGCGCACCUCAAAUCCACCAAGGCUUGGUUACAGAAGUCGUCCUGAUUAUUGUGCAGGGCUAUCAAGAUUUACUUUACCCUUUUAUUUUAACUUUACCCUCGCAAGGGCACAUCAAAAGGUUUGAAGUGGAUGUGGCCACUUUUAAUUAAAUGGCUAUAUCUCUUGAAGGGAAUCAGAAAUUUUCAACAAACUUGGUAAACUUAUGUAGGGGCCCAGUCUGAGGGAACUUGGCAAAAAUGGAGGAGUUUGGCCACUUGGUAGUGCUAUAAUAGUAAGAAAACUUGAAAAUUGCUGUAUAAAUGGUGGGAAAGGUUAGAAGUGUAUCAGAAAUCUUGAAAAUGUGAUGAAAAGCUGACUCCCAAAGUUGACUUUGCUUUAUAACUCAUUAUGUUGGUGGUGGAAAGGACUUGAGUAAUUGUACUUUUUUGCAAUACUUCAGUAUUAUUUUGGGGUAUUUAUACUUUACUUGAGUGCUUGAGUGGAAUUGAAUACUUGAACCCAAUUACGUUUCCUAGAAGAAAAACUUUUUACUCCUUGUAUUUUAUAUUAUUCGUUACAAAUCCCAACGCUCUCUUUUUCUCUUCUCCAGCCAAUGCCUGGAUGCUGCAGAUCAACUGAAUCAGCUCCUGAGCAUCUUUUUGUAGCAUUUUGUUCACAUUUCAGUUAAAGUAUUCAGUCAAAUUCUUCGAUCUAGACAAAGCUUUCAAAAAUCAGGCACAUUCAUCUAUCUGCUGCGACCUCGUUCAUUUCAUCAUGUUCCAACAUUUCAAACUUUCUUACAUUUUAAAGCUGGAGUACAUUUAUUAGACUUCUUUCACUGGAGUACAGUUUUGGCGGGAUACUUCCACUUUUAACGGAGUAAGAUUUUUACACCUUAUCUGUACUUUCACUUAAGUACAAUUUCUCAGUACGUUUCCCACCCCUGAAUGUUCUGAAUGAAUUGGCAAAAAGCAGGCUGUCACCAGUAACCAAACAAGUAAGCAGGAUUGAUCUUCUGCUAGCAAUAAUAAUUCUGUGUCAGUGAUAAAGACUGGGGGCCAUAGUAAUACUAAUGGUAUCAGUUAACAUUUAUUAUUUUUUAAAUAAUACAAUAAAUAUACUACAAUUGAACAUCAUCUUUGGCAGAGUUACAACAUCCUGGCUCUGUCACCAUUUCACAAUUAAGGGCAUGCCUUUAUUCAUCUAAGCAUUUGAAAUGUAUAUCAUAGCAAUAAAGAUGCGAUUGGAAUCAAAUCAAUUUCAGCUUGGAAUAACAUUAAGAGAAUGAAAAACUUUCAUCAUUUUCAUGCAUACAGAAAGGCUUUAAUGCUUCAAAAGACAUACAAGGGUGCGUGGCCACAGUAAAUUUGAAUUUAUUGACACAAAAAAACAAUAUAUCUUCUAUCCUCUCUUACACAGGUUUAACAAGACCUUAAAACAGACAACACAACAAAAGACAAAUAUUCAAAAAAAAAAAAAAAACAAACAAAAAAAAAAACAAA